CAGAGGUAGUCCACAGAUUUAAAGACAGAGGUAGUCCACGCCUCUUCUGGUUUGACACAGCCCCCGUCAUAUGACUUCCAUUUCCUGGUACAGUCGGCGGCGGCACUGCUUCAUCCAAACCCCGCAGACUGAGCGUCCUCGUCGGGUUCAUUCGUCUUCUCUCUCCGGUGGCUGACACUCCGAACUGCUGAGCGACCAUGUACCGAUAUGCUGCAUUAGUCGCAUUCCUCGCCUUUGGACUCGUGUUCCAGCUGUCACAUGGCACUGAGGUGAACGUCAAAGACAAAGACGGCAAGUUGUGCCUCUAUGCCGAUCUAAUGGUCAACUUCUCAGUCUCAUAUGAUGUAGCUGACAAUAAGACUGCAACAGCUGAGUUUGAACUUCCUGAUAAAGUGUCAGCAGAUGGAAGUGAGUGUGGCAGCACAAGCUCAAUCUUGAAGCUCAGUUUUGGAGAAGGACACACCUGGAGCAUGAACUUCGACACCGUCGAUGGAAAAAUGUACCAGGCAGACACGAUCACCUUCUCCUACAACCUGAGCGACACGACCCUCUUCCCUAAAUCUACAUCUAAUGAAACCCUAACUGUCACCAUGAAGCCUCACAUAACAAACGUAGGCCUGGACACCUGCUACUCAUGCAAGAGCAAGGACACGAUCGAAGCCGAUGGGGUGAAUCAGACACUGUGGAACGUGCUCAUACAGGCUUUUGUCAGUAACGGCAACAAGAGUGAAAAUAUUACCUCUUGUGCAGCUGAUUUACCCGUAACCACCGUUAGCCCAACCACUCACGCCACCAGCACCCCGGCUCCUGUCACAAACGCUACUACGGCUGCCCCUCCUACCACAACCCCUACCACCACCCGACACAAAGAAAUUCCGCCUUCACGCUCUGAACAUCACUGGAAAGACAAGUUCUGGUGUGGCGUUUUCUGAGGCCAACACCAACCUGAGUCUGUGGGAGGCGCCUGUCAGCAGUUCCUACAUGUGUAACAAGGAGCAGAACUACACCAUCACCGGCCAGCUCACCAUCUACACCUUCGACCUUCAAGUACAGCCCUUCGGAGUAAAGAAGGGUGUUUUCAGUACAGCUGUGGAAUGCCAGGCUGAUGCAGAGAGCUUCCUUGUUCCCAUAGCUGUCGGAGUUGCCCUGCUUGUUCUCAUUCUUAUCGUUCUGCUGGCCUAUUUCAUCGGGAGAAAGAGAAACAUGGCCACCGGCUACGAGUCUUUCUAGUUAAACUUGCAUUAUUUCGAUCUUUUAUGCUACAGGAAGGACAGUCAGUAAAUCGCUGCCUUUUUGCCUCGCUGCCUUUUGACUAAUUGUCAGACCAACAUGUGUUGUAUUGAUGUCUCUAUGUAGUGUUUAGUGCUGCUGACUGCCUGACUGUCUUCAUAAAAAAUCGACAUUUUGGGAAGUAAGCUCAUUUGUGUUCUUGUUUAGGAUUAGAUGAGAAGGUUGAUUCCUCUCUCUGAUUGUGUGUUAAAUAUAAAGUUUGACUCAGCAUAUUGCAUAUUUCCCUUAACGUCGGACUACUCCUUUUUUAAGAAUUUCCUUUGUUCGUUCUGCCUGAAAUUAAUGUUCAUCUGGAAUAAUAAUAAUAAGUAUUAAGCACAUGAGUGAUUUUCUUGUCGUGCCUUUGGAAUAUUUAAUGACCCGCUUUCUUCUUCUAAUCUCCACUACAUUUACAUUAUUUGAAUUCACGUUUUGUAGGUUGAGCUCCUUUCUUGCUGCUCUGUCUCCUCCUCUAAACCUUUGUGGACUGUAAAUAUCCUAAAACCCUGUUUUCCGCCGACUAAAACACUAACCUGCUGUCUGUCUCCUUUCUGUCUGUCUCUGUCUGUCAGCUGAGGAAUGCUUCCUGGACUCUGAUUUGAGCUUUUUGGUGCCCAUUGCAGUGGGCGUGGCACUCAGCUUCCUAAUCAUCCUUGUGCUUAUCUCUUACCUGAUUGGCCGGAGGAAGAGUCGCACUGGCUACCAGUCUGUAUAAUCCAACCCAGCUGCUUCUGCCUCUUGCACCCUUUCAACCCUCACAGCUCUUUAAAAACACCUUCCCGAACCACUCCGCUGCCCGUCAGUGCAUCAAAAGCAUCCCAAAUUUCUGUUGUUGUUUUUUCUUCUUCUCCUGUUUCCCUAAAAACGACCUUGAGCUUAUUUCUCGUACACAGUCUGAAAUUGAUCCCAGCAACCACCCCGAUUGUUUCCUUGGUUUUGCUUUGAUGCCAAUGACUGAAUCAAGUACCAAAACAUUUAUGAUCAAUAUUGCAUCGUUUGAUUGUAGAUUGCAUGUUUUGAAAAUUAAAUUUAUGGCUGUGAGUAGCCGCCCACCUCCUCCUCUUCCACCUCCUCCUCCCCAGAGUACCCUCCCUCCUCCCUCCCCAGAGAGGCUUUUUCCUCUCGGUUUCUGUGCUGUACAAUAGUAUACGUGUAAAUUACUCUCUUGUAUAGAAUGAAUGACAUUGAUUUUUGAAGACGUGAAUGUACGAGCAAGCUAACGGAUACACAGUUGUCAUUCAUACCCCAGGCGCCACUGUUUUAAUGUUUGUUUAACAUAACGUAAAUGAACAGUUAAAUGAAACUCUACCUGUUGCACAUGCAGUCACUUACUUGUAGCUUGAUGAAAGGGACACUAACUUAUAAUGACACUUUACCAGCAUUGGGACCAGUUUUUGUUUCUUUUCUUGUUUUAUUUUGGAAAUGUGUGAUGGUAGGUGUUAGUUUCUUCUCAUGUUAGGCUGAUUUUUCUUUUAAAUGUGCACUUCUCUUAAAAGAUUUGCAUUUGAAUAUUUGGUGAAUUAAUUAAGCUGUCGCUCCCUUUUGACCCUGUGUUAUUUCACAAGUCAAACAAAUAUGUUGGCGAAUGGGUAACGAGUCAAAUAACUGGUUUAAACCGAAAUUGGUGGCCAGAAUCAAACUUGGUUGAAUGUACAUACGUUUGUUCUUUAUUUAACAACUAAAAACCUGGUUAGAGUGAUAUCCCUACACUACCCUUCCAUGUGAUAAUGCAGUAACAUAACAAGAGCAGUUCAAGAAUGAAGACCAUGAGUAAUAUUUCUUAAGUCAUUUAUCUGAUCCUCAGUUGUGUACAUUCGAUCAGUUUUGUGCCUUUCUGUUGUGCACCUCUGAGAUGCUUGCUUGAAGCUUGUCUCCAUCUGAUGAAGAAUGUGAUGUGAUGAGCUUGUUUAAAACACAAGUGGGGAACAAGUUAAAUAAAGUUUUGUUCUUGUUUUGUA